AUGGGAACUCUUGGCAUUGGUGACAUCCUGCAAGUGACAGUGGAAUUUCACCCUCUGCAGACUGGGGAUCAUUCUGGAUCCCUGGUAGUGCAUUAUGACACAGCUGUGGGCUCCUGCUUCACCUUUCUGCCCCAGCAGGGCAUCAUUCCACCAGAUGGGCUCCAAGCCAUCAGCAUCUCCUUCCGAACCACCAUCCCAGGGGAGUUCAAGGAAGAAUUCCAUUUCAAUGUGGCUGAAUGCCCUAAGCCUGUGACCUUGACUAUCAGAUGCUGUGCUGAGCACAGGGUGCCGUUGCCUCCUCUGUCUUUAAAAAACAACUGCUGCCUGCCACUCAGCAUUGUGCUGGACUUGAAGAAGCCAUUCCUAAUCUGUGAUGUGGACCAGCAGCCCCUCCCUGAAGAUGCUCAGCCCAUAAAACUGGACAAAGGGGAGGAAAUUCAUCUCCACAUCCAAUUUAACCCGGCUUAUAAAAAGGAUUUGUAUAGCUGGGUAGCAGAGAAGACACUGAACAUGCAGUUCAUGGAGCACCCCCAUGAGGAGCAGAUCACCAUUCGGGGAGAAGUCUACUUCCCAAACCUCCACAUCCAGGCCAAGGCCCUGGACUUUGGCUACAUCAUAAAUGGCACUGAACAAGUGGAUUGUGUGGCAAUGACCAAUUGCAGCCCAAUCCCUGUCCACUACCACUGGUCCUUCCAGACAGACAGCCAGGUGAACACCAUAAGUGAUCAGCAGGUUCUGCUGGGGCUCUAG